AUGGACGGCCACGGGACGUUCUACUCCCAACCCGUGUACCAGAGAGAGACCUACUCUUCUGGCCCUGGCGAUGGGUCCUUCCCCACCCUCCACCAAGCCCCACCCGCGUGUAUCUAUGCCUGUACUACGUCUGACCAGAGUGGAUACGGUGGGCAGACGAUGGCCGUCGUCGAACAGUCCUUGCUGCAGACGGAAUCUCCAAACAGCCUGAGUCAUCAGAUGUCGCCCCCAUCGCACGGCCCGACCCACGGGCAGUUGGCCUCGCCCGUCCCGGCGCACGUUCAGAAGACCCCCGUGACGAUAAACUCGACUCUAGCCUCUCCGAUAUCACCUCAGAUUCAGCCACCCCCAGCUCAUUCCCAGUCGAUGACCCACGGGCAGAGACAAGGGUGUCUGUCCCCCACAGGCAGCAACAGUCAGUCGGGGUCUCCCACCAGUCUUCAGUUUCCUUGGAUGAAGACAACCAAGUCUCACGCACAUCAGUGGAAGGCGCAGUGGCCAGGGGCACAUUUUCCUCUAGAAGACGAAAACAAGCGGACGAGAACGGCGUACACGAGGGGCCAGCUUCUGGAGCUGGAGAAGGAGUUCCACUUUAACAAAUACAUAUCACGACCCAGGCGAAUAGAACUGGCCGCCAUGCUUAACCUCACGGAAAGACAUAUUAAAAUUUGGUUUCAAAAUCGCCGAAUGAAAUGGAAAAAGGACGAGGCAAAACGAAGGCCAGGACCACGGCCUUUGGAGAAAAGUAACCCAGAGAGUCCAUCUGAAGUGGCUACAGAAAACGAAGAAAAUAUGAAAAGUUCGACCUCGCCAGCAGCUGAAGACAGAGUGUGCACGCCAAAUAAUACAAACUUCUGUGAAACAGGUCUCGAGAAACGAAACUCCAAGACAUUCAAAACGGAAAAUGGAAUUUGCGUUCAAAGAGAAACUGACAAGUUCCAUACCUAG